ACACUGCUGAUGUCAGACUCCAGUCAUGUCGACCCUCCUCAGGAUCAACGAUACCAUCAUGUUCAUGGCGUUUCUUCAGAGCCCUAACUGAUGAUGGAUCUGUUCAGCAGAGGAGAGCUGGGGCUGCUAGGAGGAGGAGAGGGCCUCAGAGAUGAUGUGGCUGCGCAUGGCAUCCGCUGGCCACCCAGUCGUCUGCCAGAAGACAUGUAUCCGCCGUCUGGAUUGGCCCUGGCUGCUGCCUACCAUGACAUCAAGCUCCGACUAGCCAGUCUGGAGAGGGAGAACAGUAGCAUUAAAAGGAAACUCGAACACUACGAAGUCAAGUUCCCUAUGAUUACUGAGUUUGGAGAGGAGACAAUACUGUGUUGUUCCUGUGAGCCCAUCAUCAAAGAUACCAGCACUAUCCAGUCACAGACCACCAACCUACAACAGAGGAUCAACUCCCUCACUCAGGAGCUCCAAAAGAGCAAAGAGAGAGAAGAGAGACUGGAAGAAGUCAUCCAAGCUUACGAGAAGAUUCACCUGGAGAAAAGCAAUGUCCAGAGAGACCUAGACAAAAUGACAACUCUAGUGGAGCAGCACGUGGACAGGAUCCGCAUCCUGGAAUCAGCUCUCAGGCAGAGAGAUAGUUCCCUGCAGAAACUCAGCACUGAGCUGCACAGCAAAGACUUACAUAAGUCUCAACUCCAUGCCAGUCUAGACAUACCGAGAGAUGGUCCAGGGCCAACACUGCAGAGCUCCUGUAGUCUGGAUGCCCUUUUGGACCUGAAGGUGCAGCAGCUGGAGGCUGAGCUGGAGGGUGCGCAGAACCAGGCUGAGGGGGCUUUUCAGAGAGAGAAGGCAUUGAGGGCUGAGGUCCAGAGGCUGCAGCACGAGGUAGCAAAGCUGCGGGAAGCACAAAGACAGUCACAGGACCUGUCUUCUCACUGUGAACACUGUGACGUAGAAUGGAUAAAGAAAGCCGGCGAUGAACAGGUUAACCUGGCAUUAGCUUACACAGAGCUCACAGAGGAGCUGGGUCAUGUUCGCUGUCUGGCUGCAAAGCAGAGUGACCUUCUGCAGCAUGUCUCACAGGAGCCUGCUCCUCAGCAUCUCUCUCCAACCUCUUCCCAGCGUGCCUCACUCUCCCCUGACAGACUCCUCCCCACUCCCCCAUCUCCUAUGUCCUCAACUGAAGGGUCCAUCUCCUAUUCCCAUCAGCAGACUAGCAGCCGCCUACGAGCUAAGUUCCAGGGUCGCCGAAGUUACUCAGAGGUAUCUGACACAUCAGUCAACCAAAAGCCCCCAGUUCAUCUGUUAAGGGACCCAGUAUCUACGCUUCCCAAACCCAGGCACGUCCAUGGGGACAUGCAGGCUUACAGCCAAACCAAAAGUCAGCUCUGUACCUCACUGGUGGGUUUGGUCAGACCAGCAUCAGCUCAUGGAGCUGGAGUGGAGAGAGGAGGAGGAAGGGGCGUAGAAAGGUGUGGUGACAGCGGCCUGAGCAGCAGUCCUUGUCACUGUGUUCUCGACCUGGACUUUCCUGUGGCUGCUGAGGUUCACCACUUCUGUCACACUGACGAGCCAACUGAACCCACGCCACUGGUAACACCACCUCAGUCUUCAGAUGAUGAAGAGGACGUAUGUAUAUAUCCAUCGCCCGUUGCCAGCCCACCUCAUACUCUUGGUGCUGUUGGGACUGGUUCAUCGUCACCUAGGGAACAGCCCCUUCACUCCUCUUUCCAGUCUCCAAGGAAACAGCCCCACCAUCCCUCUUUCUCAGCCCUUGAGGGCCCUACCAUGCUCUCAUGCCAUCUGCCUCCCUACGUGAACACUGAGCAUGCUCAGUCAUGGCCAUCUAUUAAUUUAUGGAUGGAAUCGGAAGAGAAUGCUGCUCGGAGCUGCCCUCUGUGCCAGCUGACCUUCCCAACCAGUUACCCUGAUGAUGCCCUCAUCAAACACAUUGACUCUCACUUGGAGAACAGCAAGAUCUGACCUUUCAUUUUUAUUUAAAAAAUAAUUGUAAGCUCUACUUUUCAUCAGAGAUGGACACAAAGGUUAUUUUUGAUUGGUUCUUGGUUUGAUCCAGGAACGGUUUGAGUAGCCUGCAUGGGUCUUUUGCAUCGCUCCAACCUUUGUAUGGCCAUUACCCAUCUCACUGAAGUGGAUAGUCCAAUCUAAUUGUGAAAUGAAAGCAUUCACAGGCCACAAUUUCCUUUUCAGUAAACACACAUGGAUUGCAUAUUAUUUUUCAUCAAGAACUAUAGGUUUUCUUUCAUUCAGAACCAAACUAACAUUUGUACAUUUAAGAAAUUAUAUAUGUUAUAGUUGGAACCACUGCAGCUGGCACUCUUUUUGCAGUGCCGCAUGUGCUGGCCUGAAAGCAGUCCUGGAAACAGAAGACAAUUCAAUGUUGUAGAGGAUCAAGUUGGCAGUUUGAAAAUAUACAAACCUUCCUGAGGUCUGAUCUGGGUAUGAAGAGCACACUUGGUGUGCAAAUUUAGACCCGUAGAACCAUGGUAGCCACAUUAACCCUUUAACAUUCUCUGUAAGAAAAUAAUAAUAGAACUAUUAUUUCUUAGCACUUUUUAUUUACCAUGGGCAAUAAUAAUAUUAAUCAGUAAUUUGUUUUUAAAUAAAUCUUGCAUGUUUUAAUAUUGGCUUAAAACACACUUAAAAAUACAAAUAAAUACAGAUUUUCUUAUUAAAUGAUUCAGGCUUGUCAUUUUAGCUCUAUUUUAUUUUAUUUUUUUAACUUUUGAAACUAAAAAUGUGAUUACAAACCCUUUAAUGAUGUAUUGCUAGAAAGAUGUUUACCAGCAUAUGUGAGAUUGUUAACAUGGGACAAACCAUCCUCUCCCUGGCCACCUCCUCCAGCUUGUCCGGUUCAACACCAAGGCAUUCCCAGGUCAGCCGAGAG